AAAAUCUUAUUUUCCUACAUGAAAGUCAUUCCUUAACAUCUUAGGUAUGUUAUUUGUAAACCGAUCGUACUAUUUCCUGCAAACUGAAGCAGUAUUUAAGUAAUUUUUGCACUAUAAGUGGAAGUACAGCUCACACUGACCCUGUGGCACUAAUCUUCUGUUAUCUGCCUCUUCGAUCUUUCUAUAGUCAGUCAUUAGACCAUCAUCAUCUAUUUUGGCUUGGUACUGUGUGACCUCCUUUCUUUUUGAAAAAAGAGUCAUAAUUCUGUUGAAUAAUUCAAAGGGGUGAAAUUGAGAGGCUCUAGAGUUUCGACUGGUUAUUGUUCCUGGGAGAGGUCGCUGAAUGCUAGUAAAAAGUGAACUCUUCAUGCACGGUACUCAUCACCUCCAGGUUCUGUUCAAUCAGGCCAUGGUCCAAUGCUACAUCAUCAUCAUCAUCACUCUCACACACACGCACGCACACACGCAGUGAAGGCCACUCAAGAGGAGGAUGCCACGGCAUAAACUCAUCGCAUCUGAAAGUGACGUGAGCAUUGAGGUGGAGGAUGAAGGGAAGGACAAUGAAUUCAGCCUUUACUAUGUAGAAGUGGAGGAAAAUUUUGAGGGAGGUAAAGAGAAGCAGGUGACGCGAGAUGGCAAACGGAGGAGAGUGAGAAAUAGUGAAGUUAGCAGAAGAGCUUCAGAGAAGAGAACAACUGAGGCGUGCAAUAAAAGAGCAGAGAAGAAACACGAUAAACGGCACAAAACAGCAAGGAAAGAGGGUGAAAAACAUGGAAGAAAGCAAAGAAGAAAGAAUGCAGAUGCAGAGGAGGCUGAGGAAGAAAAAUUCAGAAAGGAGAAAAAGAACAUUAAAAAUGAAAGAACUAAGACAUUGAAGCUGGAGGAUGAGAAGGAAAAAGAUGUGAAGAAAAAGAGAAAGAAGCAUGCAAAUGAGGAGGACGAUGCAAAGCAUGGAAAGACAAAACAAAAAGAUUGUCAUGACAUGCCCUUGAAGGAAAGGAAAAAGAAAAAGAAAAUAAAGAAACCAGAAACUAUCUCAGAGUCUGAGUCUAAAUCUGAGUCAGAAUCUCAGUCCGACUCUGACUUAGAGUCAAAGGAUAAUCAGGCAGUGGGAGUUUUGGGGUCUCUGACCCCAGAGGAGCUGGAAAAGUUAAAAGAAGCUGUGGACGAAAGGAAAAAGCUAAUCGCCACACUGAGAGGAAAGCCCUGGCCCAUGAGGAAAAAACUAGUUAUCCUUAGGGAGUCACAGGAGUUUGUGGAGAAAUAUGAAGGGGCUCUAGGAAAAGGCAAAGGCAGGAAGCUCUAUGCCUACAAGGUCAUGAUGAUGAAGAAAUGGAUGAAGUUUCAGCGUGACUUUGAGAACUUCAAGACUGCAUGCAUCCCGUGGGAGAUGAAGAUAAAGGAAAUAGAAAGCCAUUUUGGCUCAUCAGUUGCUUCUUACUUCAUAUUUCUAAGGUGGAUGUAUGGCAUCAAUAUGAUUUUAUUUGGAUUGACGUUUGGGCUGGUGAUGGUUCCAGAGGCUCUUAUGGGGAAACCGUAUGGCAGUUUACCCAGAAAGACAGUGCCCAGAGUGGAAGAGGCCAGUGCCAUGAAUUUUGCAGUCUUAUGGGAUUUCGGGGGCUAUGCUAAAUACUCUGUCCUCUUCUAUGGCUACUACAACAGCCAGCGGGCCAUUGGGUGGCUCAAGUUCCGCAUGCCCCUCUCCUACUUCCUGGUGGGAGUGGGCACAGUGGCAUAUAGCUACAUGGUGGUAAUCAGGACUAUGGCCCGCAAUGCAAAUGAAGAAGGUGGCGGAGAUGACACCAGCUUUAAUUUCAGUUGGAAGACAUUUACUAGCUGGGAUUACCUCAUUGGAAAUCCUGAGACAGCAGACAACAAGUUUGCCUCCAUCACCACAAGCUUUAAGGAGACCAUUGUGGAGGAGCAAGAGAGCAGAAAAGAUGAUAACAUCCACCUGACAAGAUUCCUUAGAGUGCUGGCCAACUUCCUGGUGCUCUGCUGUCUGGCAGGGAGUGGGUACUUGAUCUACUUUGUAGUACGCAGGUCUCAGAAGUUCGCUCUGGAGGGACUGGAGAAAUACGGCUGGUGGGAGAGGAAUGAGGUGAACAUGGUGAUGUCUCUUUUGGGAAUGUUCUGUCCGAUGCUGUUUGAUGUAAUCAGCACUUUAGAGAACUAUCAUCCACGCAUCGCCCUCCAGUGGCAGCUGGGACGCAUAUUCGCCCUUUUCUUGGGGAACCUCUACACAUUCAUUAUCGCUCUCAUGGAUGCCAUCCAACUAAAGAGGGCAGAAGAGGAGAUUGUGAAGAAGAAUAUGACAAUAUGGCAGGCUAACCUGUACAACGGGACUAUGCCAGACAACUCGACUGCUCCUCCGAUCACAGCGCACCCUGCUGAUGUUCCAAGAGGGCCUUGCUGGGAGACAAUGGUGGGACAGGAGUUUGUUCGUCUCAUCAUUUCUGACACAAUGACGACUUACAUCACUCUGCUUAUUGGGGAUUUCUUCCGUGCCGUACUGGUGCGAUUCCUAAACAAUUGCUGGUGCUGGGAUUUGGAGUUUGGCUUUCCGUCCUAUUCAGAGUUUGACGUCAGUGGGAAUGUUCUGGGGCUGAUCUUCAACCAGGGAAUGAUCUGGAUGGGGGCGUUCUACGCUCCAUGUCUUCCAGCAUUAAAUCUUCUACGGCUUCACGUGUCCAUGUACCUGCAGUGUUGGGCGGUGAUGUGCUGUAAUGUGCCUCAGGAACGGGUCUUCAAAGCUUCAGGCUCCAAUAACUUCUACAUGGCCAUGCUGCUGGUCAUCCUCUUCCUUUCUACAUUGCCUGCUAUAUACACCAUUGUCACCAUUCCCCCCUCCUUCGACUGCGGACCCUUCAGUGGGAAAAACCGCAUGUUUGACGUGAUUCAGGAGACCCUGGAGACAGACUUCCCUGCCUGGUUCAGUAAAGUGUUCAGCUAUGCCUCGAACCCCGGACUGGUGCUUCCCUUUCUUCUGCUCUUGGUUCUUGCAAUAUAUUAUCUGCAGUCUACUUCUAAAACAUACAAAAGGGUAAACAUGGAGCUGAAAAAGAAACUUCAAACACAAAAUGAGGAAAACAAGAAAAAGAACAAACUUGCAGCCUUAAAGGCAGCCAAUGAACUGGAGCAACAACGCAACAACAGCGCCCACGAUUUGGGAGUGAAUGAAGAAAGCAGCAGCCUAGAUGAAGCAGGGCAUCACAGACAAGCUGGGCAGAACGGUCGCUUUAUUCACCCAUCACAGAGUCAGCAUACUCAAAACUCUGGACCUCCCGUCACCACGACCCACACAACUACUAGAACCCCUGCAUCCCGGGGCCACACAUCAUCUGGACAUCUUCCAGGUCACCCACAUCAGCCACAGAAAAACUCUCACUCAAACAAGAGAUAAACAGCACAGAUGUAAAUAGAUGUGAAUCUCUAUGUGGCAUACACAACAUUUGGCACUUAUAUGACACUUAUUUUAUUUCUUGCUGAUAUUGUUAGUCAGUAUAAAUACUGUGCCCAGGCCUACCGCACACGUCAUGCAUGUCUGUUAUGCUCAAGGUGACUAUGUAACUCUAGAUUGAUACGUCUUGUCUCUGUGAAAGAGAAAUGACUGCUCUUGUUACACGCUGGCCAAACUGGGGUCAAAUUCUUCAUCUCUUGAUUUGUUUCAUGUUUUGACUCAUGUUUUAUAUAUAUUUUUAGUUUUAGAAAAAAUGCUUGAUUGUUGGUUUACAUGCCAAUUACAACUAAUUAUUAAAAUGCAGCAGAUAAAGUAAA